AUGUCAACUGGUGUUCCUGUGGAGGAGGCACCAUCGAGACGCCGUUCACGCGACGGUUGCUUCACCUGCAAGACUCGAAAAGUUCGAUGUGCAAAAAUCCCUGCAGGAUCAGGAAUUGAAAAUGACCAGUCUGGUUCACCAAAAUGUGCAACUUGCGUGAGACUUGGGCUCGAAUGUCGGUGGCACGCGCCAGCACCUGGAGAGCACUAUAUUCCUCCACCCAAGAGAAGGCGGACGGUCGGUCGGCGACCAAGCAGCGUAGCCCCGAAGGACCACCCAGGGUCAUCUUCAAAUCAUGAUUCAGACAAUUUGAGUAAUGCAAAUAGCUCAAGCCUGAAUCCAUCCAUGGGUUUUCCACUACAAAAUCUUGGAGAUUUGGACCUUAACCUCGAUUUCGACAUUGAGGGUGACCUCUUCGGCUUCAAUAUUUCCGGUGAAGGACUGGACUUCAUUCCUUUUACUCCUGUUGAACCAAGACCUGAUUCUCAAGAUGCAGAAACGCCUAGCCUGAGUCUUACGGAACAUAGAGAUGUCGCGGUAGAGGCACAACCAGAUUCAGACGCAUCCAUUACAAUCGACAAGAAAAACUCCCGUUUGAUUCAGCAUUAUUUGGAUGUGAUGAAGGGAUUUGCAAAAUUGGACGAAUUUCCACACAAAGCCAGCAACCUAUUUGUUUCUGCUUUCUCUAAAUCGCUUCAAUUCCCUCCUCUCUUUUAUGCAAUUCUGGCCUUUUCCGCAUCUCACCUCAGCGUUGAAGAUGAUUCUUACUCCAACCAAGCCACGAAAUACAGCCAAUUGGCUGAAUCUUCAUUCAAGACUCAUAUCCAAGGCGAGGUUACAGAGGUUGAAGCUCUGUUGUCUGCACUGGUUGUCCGCAUUAAAACCGUGCAUAUGAUGGGAGGCGAUAUCCAAAUCUUCCACAGUCUCAUGCAGAUAGCUGCCGAUAUUGUCUCAUCUCAGAGAGGUGCAGAAGCUCUGGAAGAUCCUUCAAGUCUGUCAAGACGGAUCAUCAUCCGUCUUGCUAUCUUGGAUGCGCGCUCCACUUGCUUCCGACUUGGCGGGGGUGUGCUUGUCAAGCAUUUGUAUGCAUCGUCAUCUUGUUCGUUCAUUUUCGAACGUGAAGCACAGGAUGCGUCCAGAACCACCCUUCUUAACUUACUCCAGGCCGAUUUGUUGAAAGUCAGAAUUGCCAGUCUCGAUUUACGGCUACAUGAUCAACCGGAAAGCGAUACCAUUCAGUCACCAGUUAGUAUCACGGAAAUCAAUGAUCUGUACGAGGAGAUUCGUCGCGAGAUUGAUAUUUUUGAAAAACGAAUGGUUGCCCUCGGCGACGACUUGACAAGCUCUCCCCUGUCAGGAGAUAAAACAAUUGACUCAGCCUCCUACGAUCGCCUAAUCGUCUUAUCUGCCCUGCAUUCUGGACUUCUAUAUCUCAUAAUGAUUAUUCCAUUUCCUCUAGUCGGGUGUGAAAAAUCAGUCUCGGCAAUCCUCUUAAAUCAACUCAAAGUUUCACACGAUCCUUCACGCCGAAGCUCGCCAGGAUCGCUCAUGCCUGCGUCGCUAUUUCUCGCUGGGGUGCAUAACACCGAUCCAAUCAAAAGUGACUGGAUCUUGGGCCUACUCGAGAAGGGUAUAAAAUGGGGACCCUACAUUGGGAAGACCCGAUUGCUUCUCGAAGCCGUACUACAAAGGCAAUCCAAGGGGAUGAAAGCCGCUUUACGUGAUGUCAUGGACGAAGUCACUGGCAGAUUUGUGAUCUAG